CCGAAGGCAGUUUCAAGCGAGUGUGAGUUUCAAGAGCUAUGCGCCAGACUGCUGUGAAACUUCACUUGUGGGUUUCUCGAUCCAAGCCAUGCCUCCUAUCCUCGCCAUUCGCCCUACCGUUCGCCCUCGCAGCGCGCCUUUGCCCGCGUCUCACGGACGCUUGCCGGCGCCGUCACCUGCCAGCGCGUCAACCGGCCUCAUCCGCGCACUCCCGUCUGGGGGGCCUUGCCAGCCGCGACAGCCGGCGCGGCGUCGAGCGACAGCCGGGCAUCGAAGAGGCGGCUGCGCCACUCGCGCGCCGUCGCGCGUCCCCCAGCCAUUGCCGGGGGCUAUCCCUCCACGCCACCAUCAGCGCCUCUCUCCACCCGCCAUGGCCACCCCAUACCACCACUCCGCACCCCGGACUGAUGCUGCCGAGCCGAGAGAUCCCGCCAAACCAAACCAUGCUGCCGAGGCUGUGCUUGAGGCCCGGAACGAGCGCGGCGUGGCGGAGGUGGCACGGCUAGGUCGGGAGGAGGUGGGCGUGGUGGUGGUGGACCAUGGGUCGCGGCGGGAAGAGUCCAACCGACAACUGGACCUGUUUGUGGAGGUGUUUCAAGAGGAGACGGGGUACGCCAUUGUGGAGCCCGCCCACAUGGAGAUAGCGGAGCCGUCCAUCGCAGCAGCCUUCACGCGCUGUGUGCGGCGGGGGGCGAGGGGCGUCAUUGUGUGCCCCUACUUCCUCUCGCCCGGCCGCCACUGGCAGCGGGACAUCCCAGCACUGGCAGCUGAGGCAGCAGCACAGCACGGCAGCCAAGUGCCCUUUAUAGUCACAGCUCCUAUCGGGGUGCACCCCCUCGUUGCUCAAGUGUUGCAGCAGCGCAUCUCCCACUGUCUGCAGCGCGUGGCUCAAGCGGAUGCCGUUGGCGCAUGCAAUGCAUGCAGGGCUGGCGGGGGAUGCAUGGAGCAGAAAUCAGUUUGACAAAUACUGGAUGCUCUCCCAAACAGAGAACCUCUCAGAGUAGCGGAAUAGACUAGAAUUGACAGUACAGUGUAGUUUUGAGCUAGGUGUUGUACUCUCUAUGGGCAUGCACCUAGCUAGCCUAUAAACAUAUACAAAUAUAUGUACAUCAGGCCCCCAAAUUGGUUUUGAGGGUGUCUGAUUCAUCAGACUUGCUUGUCAUCCCUUGGUAUGGCCAUCAGAGUUGCCCCUUUAAAAAAGUC